CCGCGCCGCGGGAGGGAGAAAGGGUGGGAGGAGGGAGAAGGGCUAGGCAGCGCCGUGCGCUCCGCCCGGCCCCAUGCCCGGAGCUUCGCUGGACCGCCCCUGAACACGGGCGCCCCGCCGGUGCCCCCCCGCCCCACUGGCACCAUUGCCCCGACGGCGCGACCGGGCGGCCCGGCGCUUGCUAGGCUCCGCGCCGGGAGGAAGACGCUGCUGGCGGCCGCAGUGGGAGUGGUGAUGCUGCUGGUCCUGGUCGUCCUGAUCCCCGUGCUCGUCAGCUCUGGCGGCCCCGACGGCCACUAUGAGAUGCUGGGCACCUGCCGAAUGGUGUGCGACCCCUACCCGGCCCGGGCCCCAGGCUCCACCACUGCCGCCCGCCCCGACGGUGAGCCCCUGAGCGAGCACAGUGGCGCACCCCCGCCCUCCACCCUGGUGCAGGGACCCCAGGGGAAGCCUGGCAGAGCCGGGAAGCCUGGACCCCCAGGACCUCCAGGAGAUCCUGGCCCCCCGGGCCCCGUGGGCCCCCCUGGGGACAAGGGUGAGCCCGGGAAACCAGGUCUCCCUGGGCUCCCGGGCCCUGGGGGCAACGGUGCCAUCAGUACGGCCACCUACACCACGGUGCCCCGGGUGGCCUUCUACGCGGGUCUGAAAAAUCCCCACGAGGGCUACGAGAUCCUCAAGUUCGACGACGUGGUCACCAACCUGGGGAACAACUACGACGCGGCCAGCGGCAAGUUCACGUGCAACAUCCCUGGCACCUACUUUUUCACCUACCACGUCCUGAUGAGAGGAGGGGAUGGCACCAGCAUGUGGGCAGAUCUCUGCAAGAACGGGCAGGUCCGGGCCAGCGCUAUCGCCCAGGACGCUGACCAGAACUAUGACUAUGCCAGCAACAGCGUGAUUCUGCACCUGGAUGCUGGGGACGAGGUCUUCAUCAAGCUAGACGGCGGCAAGGCGCACGGCGGCAACAGUAACAAAUACAGCACCUUCUCCGGCUUCAUCAUCUACUCGGACUGAGC